UUUAAAUUCUAUAUAAUGAGAAAUUUGUAUUAUAUUUUUUUGCAGGUAGCACUUGCAUGUCAAUACCGUAUUGCAGUAAAAGAUAAAAAGACACUUCUAGGAACUCCGGAGGUGAUGUUAGGUCUCUUACCAGGUGCAGGUGGAACACAGAGAUUGCCACAGUUGAUUUCUCUUCCAUCUGCAUUGGAUAUGAUGUUAACUGGCCGUAAUAUCAAAGCUGAUCGUGCAAAGAGAAUGGGCCUGGUUGAUUUACUAGUUGAUACACUUGGACCCGGACUGAGUACACCAGAAGAAAACACUCUAAAUUACUUAGAAAAUGUUGCAGUUGAAACUGCGAGUAAUCUUGCUAAAGGAAAAUUAAAAAUAAGUAGAAAACGCCCAUUAGUUGAACGAAUUACAAAUUAUGUUAUGUCUUUUCCAUAUGUGAGACAGAAAGUAUUUGAUAAAGCAAAGACUCAAGUUAUGAAACAAACUCAAGGUUUAUAUCCUGCACCAUUGAAAAUUCUUGAGGUGGUAAAGACUGGAAUAGAAAAAGGACCAAAUGCUGGAUAUCCAGCAGAAGCAAAUGCAUUUGGAGAACUUGGAAUGACUUCUCAUUCCAAAGCUUUAAUAGGUUUGUACCAUGGCCAAACAUUGUGUAAAAAGAACAGAUUUGGAAAUCCUCAAAGAGAAGUGAAGUCACUUGGUGUUGUUGGUGCUGGUUUAAUGGGGGCAGGAAUUUGUCAAGUUAGCAUUGACAAAGGAUUUAAUGUGAUGAUGAAAGAUGUGAAUAUAGCUGGGCUUUCAAGGGGUCAAAAUCAAAUUCAGAAAGGUUUAAAUGAUGGUGUAAAGAAAAAGAAGUUUUCUUCUUUUGAAAGAGAUCAUAUUUAUUCAAAUCUUCAGCCAACAUUAGACUAUAAAAGUUUCAAAUCAGUCGAUAUGGUUAUUGAAGCAGUUUUUGAAGAUAUUAAUCUUAAACAUAAAGUCGUUAAAGAACUUGAACAAAUAAUUCCCGAGCAUUGUGUAUUUGCAUCAAAUACAUCUGCUUUACCAAUAAAUAAAAUUUCAGAAGCAAGUCAAAGACCAGAAAAGGUGGUUGGAAUGCAUUAUUUCUCUCCUGUAGAUAAAAUGCAGUUAUUAGAAAUUAUAACUACUGAUAAAACUUCUAAAGACACGGCAGCAGCUGCAGUUAGUGUUGGUCUUAAACAAGGAAAAGUUGUAAUUAUAGUGAAGGAUGGACCAGGAUUCUAUACCACUCGAAUUUUAGCUCCAAUGCUUUCCGAAGCAGUCUGUCUUCUACAGGAAGGUGUCGAACCAAAGGAAUUGGAUUCUUUGACAAAAAAAUUUGGUUUUCCAGUCGGAGCAGCAACUUUAGCAGAUGAAGUGGGUAUAGAUGUUGCUACGCAUGUUGCUGAAGAUUUAGGUAAAGUGUUUGGACAAAGAUUUGCUGGUGGUGACAUUAAUGUUUUGAAAGAGAUGGUUUCUAAAGGAUUUCUAGGUAGAAAAUCAGGUAAAGGUUGUUACAUUUAUACACCUGGUGUUAAGGAAAGAGAUGUUAAUCCAGAGGCAACUGAAAUCAUGAAGAAAUAUCUUAGACAACCUAAGAAAAAACACACAAUUGAAGAACAGCAAAUGAGAUUAGCAACUAGAUUUAUCAAUGAAGCUAUAUUAUGUUUACAAGAAGGAAUUCUAGACAAUCCUUUGGAAGGAGACAUAGGUGCAGUGUUUGGUCUUGGUUUCCCACCAUUCCUCGGAGGACCAUUCCGUUAUGUCGAUUCUUACGGAGCGGAUAAGAUUGUUUGUUUCAUGAACGAAUUUACAGAACUGUAUGGACCUCAGUUUGAACCCUGUCAAUUAUUGAAAGACCAUGCCAAUGAUCCAAGCAGGAAGUUUCACAGUAAAAAAUAGUGAAAUACAUGUUAAAAUAUUUAAUAAAUUGAUAAGGAAGGAAAAUAAAAUGAGAUUUGUAAUUGGUACAAAAUAAUUUUGUAUUCAAAUUAUAAAAAACUUGUGUAUAUUUUUAAGUAUACAAAGAUGUGUCGGGACUAUUUUCGCAAGCAUAGUCAUUUAUUACGGUUAUCAUGUAGCAUAUAAUAUUUUUACUAUUUUUUAUUGAUUGAAAAAUAAAAGUUAUACAAUUA